AUGGCAGACGAAUCGAAACUUCAGAUCGCAAUCAUCGGCGCUGGCAUUGCUGGUCUUGGUGCAGCUAUCGGACUGAAGCAUCACCCCGCCAUUGACGUGCAGGUCUACGAAAAAGCUCCAGAACUUAGAGAGAUAGGCGCGUCUAUCGCUCUUGGGCCUAAUGGAAUGAGAACUCUGGAACGACUAGGCGUCGACAACGCUCUAGAUGACGAAAUUGCUUUCCGUAACAAGUCAAAGUAUCCUAUGAUCUACCGUCAUUGGAAGACUAAUGAGAUAAUAUCAACUGAUUCCCACGCUGGCGAAGUCGAGUACCGUCACUUGACCGCUCGUUUUUAUCGGGCACAUCUCCAGGAAGCGCUUGCUAAACACGUUGACCCGUCUAGGAUUCACUUCUCUAAGGCUUUCGAAUCCGUCACUUUCGACCAAACUAUCCAAAAGUUGGUAAUUACGUUCGCGGACGGUACGACCGCUACGGCUGAUAUAAUUCUAGGCGCGGAUGGAAUUCAUUCACCUGUUAGAACUUUCUUCGUACCUACCUCUAGUACAGCUUGGACUGGUUGGGUAGCUUUCCGGUCUGUGUUUCCCUAUUCUCAUGUCGCCAACAUCAAGGAUCUUCCGGACGAAGCGAACCACUUCUGGGGACCGGACCGAACAUUCUUCAUCUCAAAGCUCGGAAGAGACCUUUUUACCGUAGUUGGAUCGUACCAGGCCGACCCCGACGCCCCGGAUGCCGCAUACAAGGAUUCGACCUGGAACUCAGAUGGCGACGUUGACACAUUGAGGGACUUUUACAAGGACUGGUCACCACUUGUGCGACAGAUUGUCGACGCAGUGCCCAGCACGAGGAUUUAUCCAAAUGCGGCAGCACACCCACUCGAAACGUGGGUAUUAGGUGGCGGAAAGGUUACCCUAGCCGGCGAUGCAGCUCACGCCCACGGAGGCGCAUUUGCAGCAGGAGGUAGCCUCGCCCUCGAUGAUGCAUGGACGUUCGUAUCGUCGAUCUUAUACGUGUUCCCCGAGAACGCGACUAAAAAGCCCAACGACGCAGAAAUUCUCAAAGCCCUACGUAUCUAUGAGAAGACCCGAAAACCACACACAGAUCGCGUAAUGAGUGUUGUCCACCAGAAUAAUAAGAACAAGGUGGCUCGAUACUCACAAGCUAGGGAGCUGGAGACAGACGAGCAAUUAAGGACUCGUAUAAAGAACCGCGUGGAUCCCAGUUGGAUUCACGAACAUGACGUUCAAGCAGCGUUUAUACAAGCCGUCGCGGAUGAAACAGCCGAUAAAAUCUCGGCAGGGGAGCAGGCAAGAUUGUGA